AUGGCCACGGAACAAUAUCUCCUGGAGGCUGCAGUACAAAGUGAUUAUAACGAAGAAAAAACAGCUUUAGAGAAAUGGAAAUCGUUAUCUUCUGCAGAAGAUGAGUCUAAAACUAAUUUUUCUGGUGGUUUUGAAUGUAACAUAUGCUUGGACUUGGUGCAAGAUCCGGUUGUUACAUUCUGCGGUCACCUCUAUUGUUGGCCCUGUAUCUACCGGUGGAUAAGUUUGCAGAAUGUCUCUCCCGAAAAGACCGAGCACGAGCAUCCACAAUGUCCCGUCUGCAAAGCAGAGAUCUCACCGAAAACCUUAAUCCCACUCUAUGGCCGUGGAAACAGUACGAACCCAUCUAAAGACAAAGUUUCACAUCUCGGUAUUCUCAUACCACAAAGGCCUCCGAGUCCUAGAUGUGGCGGUAACAUGCAAAUCCCGACCCCUACCCUCGGGGAAUCACAUCCGGUUCGGCAACUUUAUCCUCCAAGCUAUGAACAACAGUCACGACCAUAUCAGCCGUAUUCUCAGAACUACAGAGCUUCACCUAUUCUUCCGAAUGGUGGCACUACAACAAAUUUGAUUGAUCCGAUGAUAGGGAUGUUUGGCGAAAUGGUCUACUCUAGGAUUUUUGGGAAUUCAGAAACAACUUUAUAUACUUAUCCAAAUUCUUAUCGCCUACAAGGUAACAGUAGUCCUAGGCUAAGAAGACAUAUGAUCCAAACUGAUAAAUCCCUAAGCAGAGUUUGCCUUUUCCUUUGGUGUUGUGUAAUAUUAUGUCUCAUAUUAUUCUGA